GUUUGAAAACGCAUUUCCGGUGUGUGUGUGUUUCCGUAUCCUGUCGAGAGCUUCGUUCGCUCAGUGUUAUAGAUAAAAUCUAACGGUUCGCUGAAGAAAACACGAGGUUUUUCUUGAGGUGUGAUGUCUACGGAUUGUCGAGAUGGAGGGUGGAACUGGAGUCUACUACCAAGCAAUGCCUGCAGUGGGACCAGACGGGAAAAAUGUCAUGAAGUUGAUCCCUGUACAGAAAGUGAACGGACAGUUUUAUCCGACCUCUCUUAACUCGUAUAGAGAUAAUGUAGAUCUACAGCUGAAAGCCUAUGCAAAGCCUGUUCAUCCCCCCAAUGCCUCGACAUCUCAAACCCAGCCUCGACUUCCUUCCCUUCAGGCCACAGCAGAUGGACGUUAUGUCCUUAAAACCUCACCAGAGGUCAGAACUUUAUCUAACCUGGUCCGAACUCAACAAGGUGGAACAAAUAACCUCAUCAUUCACAAUCCAAAGCAAGUGCACAUUUCUCCUUCAGCACACUCGGUAUCCCAGUAUACAGUCCAGUUAUCUCCUCAACCCAGUCCAAAGAGCAUGACAGCGGUCCAAACGUUGCCUGUAACCAUAAAGUCGCCCGUUCUCCCAAACGGUCAUUUCCUGGAGAUCCCUCCAAAUGCAAAAGUAAGAACAAUGCCAGCAACUGCACUCCCGCAGUCCAUCAAAUGUCGCAUAUUGAACUCUGUGAAUAACAUCUCAAACCCUGACAAAACUCCACCAACUGUCGUGCUUGUUUCCCCUGUAAAUUCAGUGAGGCUAAAUUCUAACCAGCAAGUAGUUUCGCUCCCAAAGCAGAGUCAAGUACAAAAGACCCUCUCUCUAAAUCCCCCUACAAACCUGCAAAAUCCUGUUUGUGUUCCUAAAACCAAUGAAGUGAAUACUCCCAUUAAAUGGGUCAUCCAAGAGGGAACUGGCGCAUCUGCUCGUUGCCUUAUACCCGUUUCAUCACAGAAUGUAAACUCUGACAGCGUAAAAACAGUCACACAUGUCAACUCAAAUGAAAUCGCAGCAAGCAAACCCACAGUUCCUCAAACCAUCCUAGAAAAAAUCACCCCGGGCAAAGACAAUGCGCUAGUCAUGUGCAAUGGGAAGGUCUACUUUGUGGCCAGGAAGAAUUCGGAAAUUGCUAAGGAUGUGUUGAUCUGCGAAGGAGAGAAACGAGGGAUUCUGAGCAUCUCUCCUGCUCUCCCAGCCAGCUCUGCACUAGCAUCAACCUCUUCUAAACCAGACCCCAAACCAAGCGUAAGUGAAGUCAUUGACCUCUGUGAUGAUGACGACGAAGAGACGUCCACAUGUCUGGGAGGAGCUCCGGGGAAUCUGCCUACUGCCAGUCAAACAGAGGCAGAUGAGAGCGAUGAAGAAUCCAAUGUUAUAUUUGUUUCAUAUAUUCCACCAAAGACGAGUGCAAAAGCAGCAAGUUCAGACUCUCAGAAGGCUUGUGAAGAACAUGCAGAGCAAAGAAGAAAAUCUGUUACACAGAAGAAAGGAGAAAAUGUGGCAUAUGCAGAAGUGGAUAGUGAUAGCGGUAUUGAUAAUCUGAGUGACGUGAUGAUGGAUGAGCUGGUCAAGGAAAAUGACGUGGCUGACAAAAACUUGAGUUUUGUUUCUGAAAGUGUGAAUAUAGAGGAAGAGAAAGAAGUCGUUAAUGAAAGUUCAUCGGAAGCGAGAUGUCAAGAUAAUGCAGUUGUCAUUGAAUAUGCCAGAGUAUUGGAACAGCCCCAAAACCUCUGUAAUCCAACUACUGAGAACAUUGAAAAGGCUUUUAAAAAUGCUGUUCCAAGUCAUCAGCCCAAGAGUGACCGUGAACUGAGAAAAGAGUUUGGCAUCACCUCUUAUAUCCAAAUUUGCUUGCAAAAAACAAAACCGACUGUGGCGAGUGAUCAGCAGAAAGAGAGACUAAUCAUAAACAAACGCACAUUGGAUGGCCUUCGUAAGGUGAUCCAGGAUUCAAAGCUGCAGUCAAAAAUCCAGCAGAUGAUCCAGGCUCCCCACCCUAAAACAGAGGAGGAUGAAGUUCUGAAGGCCAAAAGGCAAAAGCAAGAGCAGGAAGAGACUGAAAAUACUCCCGUUUUAAGCACCACAAACACAAUACACAUCUCUGAAUGCUCAGACAUUCCCAUGGGAAGCAGUUUGGUCUCAAAGACCUGUCAAGAAGAGGUUUGUUCACCAUCAGAAUCUGCAGCCAACAAGGAUCACACACGAUCUGAAAUGGCAGCAGAUGUUUCUGGUAGCACAUGCGGUCUCACUCCCUCACUCCCACAAAAAGCCCCACAGACUGCUAGUCCUCUCUUCUCUCCUUUCCCUGCAAGGAAUGUUCCACCUCGUUUAAAAAAAGGUAAGAUGUGCACGGCUUGUCCCUGUGGGACAAUUUUAGGGGCUUCAGAAUCCACUUCAUCACAUGAGAAAACAAAUCCAUGUACUGACUCAAAUAAAGGGACAAAAACCAUCUGCUCGAAUAAACCACCAGGAGAAAAUUGUCAAGCUCAGAAACCUCAAGCUAAAGAUCCUGUUAAAAAAUCAGAAAAGAAACCGUCAGGAAAAAGUCCACUUAAAGACUUGGCUCCGUUAGAAAGCUCUAUUAGUGAAACAUUACUCAACGUUUCCUCAGUGAACGUUACCUCAAGUGCUGCUGCUGUUGGCACAAACCAAACUGCUGAAGCUCCUUCAGUCCAACCUGAAAUCAGUAACAUGUGGAGCAGAAACACCAAUGCUGAAACAUCACAGCAAAACACUGGACAAUGUGAAAGCGAUUCAAACUACACCAGCAUGCCUUUGUCUAAAAACAAUUUAGGACCCAAAAUGGACAAAUUUCCGAUGCAAGAGUUGUACUCGUUGGAAACGCUGGAUGCUGAGGAGAUCAAACGUCUGGAGAGAAUCAAGCGUUUGAAGGAUCUGCUGAAGGAGAAGGAAGCUGCGCUGCAGCGGAUGCAGAACAUGAACAUUUAGCCUGACACCAUCAUGCGUCAGAGACUAUCAGAAAACUAAUGUACAUAGUUUGUACAGAAUCGCUAUUUACUAACAUUUCCUUUUAAUGCAUUUUAUUGCAUUUGUUUUAUUCAGUCUUUGAGUACAUGUCAAUUGUUGUGUGUUUGUCUUAUUUAUAGGUGUUCAGAGUAUAUUAAGCAACUUUAAAUAGCAUCUUUGUAAGUUUUCUGUGCCUUCGUCACUACUUGAUUUUCUAUAGUCUAAUAAUAGAUGUUUUUGAACUUUUGUGAUUUGAAAAAAAACUUUUUGGGAAACCUUUUGCUAAGCAGAUGAUGAAAGGAAAGCUGUUACAUUAUUGGAGUAAUACCUUUUUCAUGUUUGUAUUUUGCUACAGAACUGCUCACUGACCUGUAAAUAUUUUUAAAUGUGAACUAUUUCCAGU